AUGGAUACGAAUAUUCCGACGACGCCAUCAACGCCUUCUGCUCCGGGCUUCGAUUUUUUAGAUUUCUUACAAAAUCCAUGGUUUCUUGGCAUCGCAGGAUCCGUCGGCGGCGUUCUUGUUUUAACCGCAAUUCACUUUUUCAUCAAGGGAAAAUCUUUUACAAACCCAAUUAAAGCCGAUAAGCAAGUCGUUGUUAUAACCGGAAAUUCGAGUCGUGGCAAAGAAGUUGUUCGAGAGCUUGCGACGCGUGGCGCCACAAUUUACAUCGGCACAACUGACGUCGAAAAGUGCGAAAAUUUCGUCAAAGAAGUUCAAAACUCGACUAAAAAUAAAAAUAUUUUCGUUAAAAAAUUAAAUUUGGGAUCUCACGUUUCCAUCCGGGAAUUUGUCGACUCCUUUUUGGCGGAACAGCAACGUUUGGAUGUCCUCAUUCACGACGAAAGUGUCUUGAAAUGGGCAAAAACCAAAACUGAGGACGGCUUGGAGUUACAUUUUGGCGUAAAUCACGUCGGACAAUUCGUGUUGACGAAUUUGUUGUUGGAAACACUCAAAAAAUCCGCUCCAGCUCGCGUUUUAGUCGUUUCAAACAUCCUUUAUCACUGCGGCGCGAUCAACAAAGAAGAUUUGAACAGCGAAAAAUCCUACAGCUUCCAUAAGGCAUAUCCCCAAAGCAAACUUGCCAACUUACUUUUUGUUCGGGAACUUUCUCGACGACUUGAGGAAAGCGAUGUUACCGUAAAUGCCGUUUAUCCGGGAUUGGUUCAACCUGAAAUUGAAGGAAUUGCCGGAAAAAUUGGAGAUUACGUUAUAAAUUUGAUCCUCAAACCUUACUUUUGGACAUUUUUCAAGACACCCACAGCGGGCGCCCAAACAAUUUUAUAUGGAGCAUUGGAGCCAGAGUUGAAAAAUACCACAGGGAAAUACCUUCAAGAGUGUUCCGUGAAAGAUUUGUGCGAAAAAUCGGCGAGUUGUGACCUUGCAAAGUACUUAUGGGAUGAAACGGAGAAAAUUGUAGCGGCAAAUCAAGCUGCUUAA